AUGGCAGCUACCUGUGUGAACCAAGAAUCUUGCGAUGUGCUUGCCCUUGAGGCUUUGCCUCCCCAGUCAAACACAGCUCCAACUUCGGAUCCUCCUGGAGGCUUUUCAUCGUUGGAGAAAUGGAAUCAGCCUCGCGGCAAUAUUUACCGGACCUUUGCGACAUUCUGGUCAUUCCUGGUCAUGGGAGCAAAUGAUGCAGCUUAUGGUGCUCUAAUUCCAUAUCUAGAAUCAUACUACCACCUAUCGUACACGAUUGUGUCGCUCGUUUUCUUGUCGCCUCUGGUGGGCUAUACGGUCGCCGCCUUUCUCAAUCACCGCAUCCACCAUACACUAGGUCAACGUGGGGUGGCCAUUAUUGGACCAGCGUGCCAUCUCAUUGCCUAUGUUAUCAACUGCCUUCAUCCGCCGUAUCCGGUACUAGUGGUCGCGUUCGUUUUUGCAGGGUUGGGAAAUGGCCUAGAGGAUGCUGCAUGGAAUGCAUGGAUUGGUAACAUGGCCAAUGCAAAUGAGGUGUUAGGAGUGUUGCAUGGUAUUUAUGGAGCCGGUGCAGUUAUAAGUCCGUUGGUCGCAACGUCGAUAAUUGCCAAGGGUGGUCUGCCGUGGUAUUACUUUUAUUAUGUCAUGGUGAGUGAAGGUUUCUCGCAGAUAUUGGACCCGGAGCUAAUCAAUCAGAUCGGAUGUGCGGCCCUCGAAUUGGUGGUGUCGGGCACAUGCUUCUGGAAAUCGACUGCCGCCGAUUUCCGCGCAUCCAACGUACCAUCAGCGGAGAACAACAAAGGUGGUUUGAGACAUGCACUCUUCCAGCGCCCGGCUGCCCGGGUAACCUGGCUCUGCGCAUUGUUCUUGCUAGGAUACGUUGGAGUAGAGGUCGCGCUGGGAGGAUGGAUUGUUACUUUUAUGAUGCGAGUCCGACAAGGCAGUGCUUUUGCUAGCGGCAUGACAGCCACUGGGUUCUGGUUGGGUAUCACGGUGGGACGGGUAAUUUUGGGAUUUGUGACCCCCCGCGUCGGCGAGAAGGUCGCAAUUUCGGUGUACAUUGUUUGCUCCAUGGGAUUUGCUUUGAUUCUAUGGCUUGUGCCCCAGUUCUAUGCGUCGGCCGUGGCAGUGUCUCUGCAAGGCUUCUUCCUAGGCCCCCUUUUCCCCGGGACAGUUGUAAUGGUUACCAAGCUUCUUCCUCGGCAUCUCCAUGUCACUUCAAUAGGGUUUGUCGCUGCCUUUGGGGGCAGUGGAGCCGCUAUUCUCCCCUUUGCGGUCGGUGUGCUUGCACAAGCCAAAGGGAGUGAAAGUGUUGCAGCCAUUUAUCAUUGUUCUGUCCGGUGCCAUUCUCGUUACGUGGCUGGGAUUGCCGCGGGUGUCUAA